AUGAAGGGUUUAGGUGAGCUAAAAUAUUUCUUGGGAAUUGAAUUCGCAAGGUCUGGGCAUGGUAUCUUAAUGCAUCAAAGAAAAUAUGCAUUGGAAUUGAUCUCAGAACUAGGACUGUCAGCAGCGAAGCCAUCAAAAACACCUAUUGAUAACAGUAUAAAGAUCACAACUAUAGAAUAUGAUCUACAUAAUCCUGGCAAGUCAGUCAUUGAAGACACCUUGUUAUCAGACCUAAGGUCAUAUCAAAGGCUUGUUGGGAAUUUGUUGUACCUCACAGUUACUAGACCAGACAUUGCCUUUAGCGUACAAAAUCUAAGUCAAUAUAUACAACAACCUAAAACUUCUCAUACGGAGGCUGCUGCUCAAAGAAUAAUCAGGUACAUUAAAAAUCAACCUGGGCUUGGUGUACUUCUUUCCAGCAAUCCUCAAGAAAAGGUCACAACAUUUUGUGAUGUUGUCUGGGCAUCAUGUGCUCACACAAGGAAGUCUGUGACUAGUUUUCUGAUUAAAAUUGGAGACUCACUAGUGUCUUGA